AUGGCGUUGCUGCUCCUCCUGGAGAUUCUGGCACCUGAGCUCCAGGUGGGAUUGGAUGUUGUCUACCUUGUUGACAUAGCACAUAAUUUCUGUCCCCUCUUUAACAUAGAUUUUGCAUUGACUGAAAGCAGUACAAUCACUCCUUUGUGCCAAAAAGGAUAUUUUCCCUGUGGGAAUCUGACCAUGUGCUUACCCGGAACGUUCCACUGUGAUGGCGUGGACGACUGCGGGAACGGAGCAGAUGAGGAGAACUGUGGAGACACUAGUGGAUGGGCGACUAUAUUUGGCACAGUCCAUGGAAAUGCUAAUAUUGUGGCAUUAACACAGGAGUGCUUUUUAAAUCAGUAUCCACAACAAUGUGACUGCAGAGAAACUGAGCUGGAAUGUGUAAAUGCUGGCUUGACAUCCAUGCCAACAGUCUCCAGCAAUGUGACAUUACUGUCUCUUAAGAAAAACAAUAUUCACAGUCUUUCAGAUAAAGUUUUCAUCAAAUACACAGAACUUAAAAUGAUAUUCCUUCAGCAUAAUUGUAUUAGACAUAUAUCCAGGAAAGCAUUUUUUGGAUUACAUAAUCUGCAAAUACUAUAUCUCAACCACAACUGCAUUACCGCUCUCAGACCUGGAGUAUUCAGAGACUUACAUCAGCUAACGUGGCUAAUUCUAGAUGACAAUCCCAUAACCAGAAUUUCACAGCAGUUGUUUACUGGAUUAAAUUCCUUGUUCUUCCUGUCAAUAGUGAAUAACUAUUUAGAAGCACUUCCUACCCAGAUGUGUGCCCAAAUGCCUCGACUCAACUGGAUGGAUUUGGAAGGCAAUGGAAUAAAAUACCUUACAAAUUCCACCUUUCAGUUUUGCAAUUCACUCACAGUGCUGUUUCUGCCUAGAAAUCAAAUUGAUUUUGUUCCAGAGAAGACAUUUUCUUCAUUAAAAAAUUUAGGAGAACUGAACCUGUCUGGCAAUCUGAUAACAGAGCUCCCCCCCGACAUUUUCAAAGACCUGAAGCUUCUACAGAAACUGAAUCUGUCGUCCAACCCUCUUUUGUAUCUCCACAAGAACCAGUUUGAAAGUCUUAAACAACUUCAGUCUCUAGACCUGGAAAGGAUAGAGAUUCCAAAUAUAGACACACGAAUGUUUCAGCCUAUGAAGAAUCUUUCUUACGUUUAUUUCAAAACCUUUCGAUACUGCUCCUAUGCUCCCCAUGUCCGAAUAUGUAGGCCCUUGACUGACGGCGUUUCUUCACUUGAGGACCUCUUGGCUAGUGAUAUCCUCAGAAUAUUUGUCUGGGUUAUUGCUUUCAUAACCUGCUUUGGAAAUCUUUUUGUCAUUGGCAUGAGAUCUUUCAUUAAAGCUGAAAACACGACUCACGCUACGUCCAUCAAAAUCCUUUGUUGUGCAGACUGCCUGAUGGGUGUUUAUUUGUUCUUCAUCGGCUUUUUCGAUCUGAAAUACCGCGGGCAUUAUCAGAAGUAUGCGUUGCUGUGGAUGGAGAGUUUACAGUGCCACCUCCUGGGCUUCCUGGCCAUGCUGUCCAGCGAAGUCUCUGUCCUAUUGCUGACGUACUUGACUUUGGAGAAGUUCCUGGCCGUUGUCUUUCCCUUCAGUAACAUUCGUCCUAGAAAAUGGCAGACUUUGGUCAUCCUUGUUUGCAUCUGGAUUGUGGGAUUUUUAAUAGCAGUGAUUCCAUUUUGGAAGGAGGAUUAUUUUGGAAACUUCUAUGGAAAAAAUGGAGUAUGUUUCCCACUUUAUGACGACCAAACAGAAGAUACUGGAAGCAAAUGGUAUUCUCUUGGAAUUUUCCUAGGUGUGAAUUUGCUGGCUUUUCUCAUCAUUGUGCUCUCCUAUACUAUUAUGUUCUGUUCCAUUCAAAAAACUGCCUUGCAGACUUCAGAAGUGAGGAAUCCCAUCGGAAGAGAGGUGGCUCUCGCAAACCGUUUCUUUUUUAUAGUGUUCUCUGAUGCCAUCUGCUGGAUUCCUGUGUUUGUAAUUAAAAUUCUUUCCCUCUUCCGGGUGGAAAUACCAGGCACAGUCACUUCCUGGGUGGUCAUUUUCUUCCUUCCAGUAAACAGUGCCUUGAACCCAGUCCUCUACACUCUCACAACCAGCUUUUACAAGGACGAGUUGAAACAGCUGCUGCACAAACAUCGAAGAAAAUUGAUUUUCAAAACUAAAAAAAAAAGUUUGUCUACCUCCAUUGUGUGGACAGAUGACUCCUCUUUACUUAAACUUGGGGUUUUGAACAAAAUAACCCUUGGGGACAAUAUAGUGAAACCAAUUUCCUAGUAAUGGUUUUGUAUCACUGGACUUUAAAUGGACUACCUAAAAAAAAAAAAGCACAGCAUUUGGAAGAUGACGUCUGUAAUACUUCUCAUCUUUAGCAGCAGCAGACCCUUCUGCACGGAGAGCACAGCAUGGUGACUUCGGGCUCUGCGUUCAGAGGGCAGCUGUGCUAUUUGUCAACCGUGCUAAGAACUGGACCUAAGGGUUCUCCUCACCCUGACAUGGCUGAAAUGCGCAAGUGAAUCCAUCUGUAGUAGGCUGGUGUGUAGUCCAUCUCUGGCUAGUCAACACGCCAGCCUACCAGGGGAUGCCCACACGUGGGCGCUGUGUGGUCUGCUUUUAA